AUGUGGAAGGAUGCCCAGAAAGAUCUUGACAUCCAGCUCCAGAGAGAAAGAGAAGAGUUCCUCCAGCCAGAGAAGGACCGCGUGAAAGUAUUCAAGAUGUUAGCCACUUCCUACAUCAAAUACAUGCAAAUCUUCCGUAACUUGGAGACAGCCCAUGACCAACUUGUUCACUGGCAGAAACGCACAGUGAUUCGGCAAGUGCUAGAUGGUGUGAUUGGGCGAAUCCUGGAGAUGAAAAAAGAGAUGGUGGAUCUGGAGAACUCGGAGUUUCAUUACAUGGAUAAUAUCCUGGAAGAUCUAAAGCUUCUCCCAGAAGACAUAGAAGUGCCUAUCCCAAGGUAUUUCAUUAAAGAAAAGCUGGAAGCCCUGCAGGAGAGGGAGAAAAUCCUUGAUCAGAUUUUGCUUAAUGCUGGGUUGCAAACACAGGUAAGUAAACGUGUCAAGGCCAUGACAUUUGAAGAAGCCAUUAAAAUGAUCCAGGUUGCAGAACGGGCUCGCCAAGGCCGUUGUCGAGCAGCAUUCAUGAAGCAAAUUUACCUUGAAGAGAAGAGAGAAAGACAAACUAAACUUCAGGUCCAGAUGGGUCCAAAUCCAGAUGCUGCUGCCACUUGCAUUCAAAAGGUUUGGCGUGGAUAUGUCCAGCGCAAGAAAACAGAGAAAAUGAGAGAAGAGGAAAUGAUAUUUCUGGGGAUGAGCCUACCUCCUCACUUAAAGGCAACAAAUAUUUCACAUAUGCAUGCUGGGCAAAUAAAUGCUCUGCAAGGUGAGGUCCAGGAGAGACACGAGGAGAUACUAAUCAAGGACAAGCUGAGAGAAACAGAGGGGCUCAACAUCAAGGAAACUCUCCAGGAUCAGAUUGGCCAGUGUUUCAUUGAGUGCCG